CCACGCAUCGCGCAAAUUGAAUAACUAGAAACAAGAGCUUUCAGCAUGGACAAUUUUGAAUGCCAGGGACCCCAAGGAUCAGGGGUGCUCGCCGGUCAACCUCAACCGUGACUUGUUGGCUCCAUUAGCUCCUCAUUAUGUUUCGAGAGGACAAGGGGUAUUUCACGAGCGACUUAUAAAAUCAACAAUGACGGGACAGGACAAGUGAAUGAGGGGGUUCGGCCGGGCCGUCCCGCUGCAUGCUCACGAACAAGCAGACGAGCCGGAAUUUCUGUUUGCAAACAGUGCCACAAUAGAGGAGCACACAAUUGACGUGAUUAGUCUGUGGUUCGGAUUGGUGGCACCACAAAGCUGUGACCACUAGACACGGGUGGGGGUGAUUCGCACGUCCGUUCAACCCUUGUUGUCAGGCAGAAAAGUAAAUCUGCCACUCGGCAUACCGCUGGCUCAGGAUUUGGAUCGUUGUUUCCGUGGAAAGGAAACUUUCACUUGACUUUUUUGUAGCACUUAAAUCUCUAUGAUUGGUUGGUAAUGGUUACACCUGUGUUCCGGGUACACCGGAUAACGGCUACACCGUGGCUACUGUGUAUUGUGAGCGGUGUUAAUCCUCGACCGAAUAGAGCAAUUUCUUCGGAUGUGUGAUAGAGCGUCUGACAACAACUGAUUGGAUUGAAAAGUGUGAACAUGGCAACGUGAAUGUUGGAUGAAUUCAUACAUUUUGGUGACUUAUCACGACGUAUAGACCGACACAGUGUCGGUAAGUUUGCAUCAGUAUUCUUCACUAAGAUAUUAUACUUGAACAUGGUAUAAGAAUGAUGACAGGACUACAGCGUCCGUAACCGACGGAAUGAUGUGUUCUACCGUGGAGCGGUGACUAUUUGACUAAACUUCCAAACAACCAUGUAUUUUUCAUUUGCGGAAAAGUAAUGUCGCCAUAACUGCAUCAGCCAUGAAGCCAUCGGUGUCCAAAACUGUCCACGUGGACAAGCGUCCGAGUUUCGCCGGCAACCUGGUGACCAUCUUCGCCGGACGAGCCGAACGGACGGCGGAGACAACGGCCAUGCGACAGAACCUCCCCGGCAAGAGCCACGUAGGACGGAUCCUCCUCAACGACAACACCAGUCAGGAGAGACUCCUCGACAUGAGGCUGUCAGACAUCCAAAACGCUCAGAAGAAGACGGCCACCUUCAUCGCACACCAGAAGAAGACCUUCGUGACGCGGAUGGAGCAUCGCCAGAACACCUGGGUCAGGGAGCACUCUAGGAGAGCCGGUAUUCUCAACUCCAUGGCGAGCAGAAAGCGAGACAGUAUCAUCGCGAGGAAUGCGGAAUCACAAGACUGCGACUUCGAAGAUGUAUCAUCUGACGGGGAUAAGCCAGAGGUUGUGAAAGGUGAUGCCAAUUCCAAUUUUAAAUCUGGAGAAACAAGUGAAAAAGAGCAAGGGAGAACAGAUGCCUUGCCGGAGAUUGGUUCGGCCCGGACUAAAUCCAGAUUUCCACGCGGGAAAGGAAACGAUGCUGUUACGAGAAAUCACACCAGAACGGAUCUUUCUCUGCCCAGCAUUCGAGACUCGACUCAAGUAGAUGAAUCCGCGGCCACCGGUGGGACGAAGCUGCCUUCGGUUCUCAUCACAGCGGAAGUUGACGCCGAUCAGAAUCAGAAGUCUACAGCGCGUAGUCCGAGGAGUAGCGCCGAGCGGAGGAAAAAGAAACCCCGAGGAUUAGCAGGACACGAAGCGUUCGUGCUACCCCGCCCGUCUGGACCCUCGCCGACGUUCAUCUCCGAAGUCCUGCCCAGAAUACAGAUCCGGGAGAACCUUCGGAUGCCCUCCCACCUCUCCAAGAAGGCUUCGAAGCGCCGCAGGAGGACAAAGAGCCACGCCAUAUCCGGCGAGGAGGACCCGCUGGCGGACGUCAGGUUCCUGAGAUUGCAGCACACUUUAGCCCCACACCUAGCCUGGCAGGAAUCUAGGGACAUGGCAAGUAUCGCCUCAGGUGUGUUGACCGCCAAGAAACUUAUGUCAGAGAAGCUGAGGAAGAUCAGUAAGAAGGUAGAUGAAGACUUUGAGGACGGAUAAUACAUAUUACAACGUAUGCUACUCUGUGUUGCUUCGAAACCAUCUAGAAAGUAUUUGUCACGAAGUGUGCUUUUUGUAAAGUUUUGAUACCCCCAGUUGCUAAAAUACAACAGACGUAUCUUUGUCCGAAAGUGCCGUAUUACAUGAAGUGCUUAUUCGUUAACACGUCUGCAAUUUUGACAACCGAUGUGCCAAUUUCAAACAGAUUGUUGUUUCAAACAAUAGGAUUUCAGACAUUGUAAACAGCCUUUUAACAUUUCUUUUUAUCGAGAGGGGAUUGGGUUUCCAAGUAUACCUUGCAGUGUGGAACAUAUAAUUUCCAAAUAAUCAUGACUGUUUCGGGUUUCAUUUAUUUUGUAAACAUUUAACAUUGCACAUUUGCCAUCAAACAUUAUCUGCGGAUUUGCAUUUAACCCUAUUGUGUGUGUGUGUUUUGCCAAUUAUGUACCAAGUAUAAUUAUGAAUCUAUAUUUCACAAUAAUGGUUAUUUCAUGUGCCAAAUGUUUUCGGCUUAAAAGUUGGUUUAAGUAUUUUAUUUAACGCAAAAAUACUUCAUGACAUUGUUUUUGUUGUGCAAUGUUGUUUGUAAAAUAUCUAAAAAGAGACCAUGACUAUCCUGCAUGCUGCAGGAUCUUGGAAAAUAGCUGGGUAAUAUAAUUGGCACACUCUGCAGAACUAAAUGGCUACAUUAAAUUAUUUAACUCUGUGAAAAAUGAUUCACAACUUCCUUUGAAUUAAAAAGCCGUGCACCAAUAUAGAAUAUUAUGGGGAAAUCGUGUAGGGGAAGGCCUGUAAAGUGUAUUUGUAUUUCAAUGAGAACAUUUAGUCCUCUGAAUCU